AUGUUAUUGGAUGAAGAUUUUUCUACGAUGCCAUCCGAUAAGCGGCCCAGACGAGGUCUUAGCGAUGCUGACGAUGAAGAUGAGGAUUAUAGAAGAAGGAGAGACAGAAAUAACGAGGCUGUAAAAAAGAGUAGAUUUAAAUCAAAACAGCGUACCCAAGAGACAUUUACAAGAGUGAACAAAUUAAAAGCUGAAAAUCAAAUGCUGGAAGAAAAAGUGAAAACCCUAACAAAAGAUCUCCAAUUUCUGAAGGAUUUGUUCCUUGAGUAUGCAUCAAAUUCACAGAGCUCAAAAUUUGCAGGACUUGAUUUAGAAAAACUACUAGAGGAUGUGGAAGAUGAUAAGAAGGAUAGUAAAAAUAGCAAGUGA